AUGGCGCAACUGGCGCCGUCGGCAGACUUGCUGAUACACGUGACGGAGACGCUGUACGCGGCCGACGAGGCGAUCCUCGGCGUCGCCUCCCUCCUCUCCUCCUCGCAGCUAAUCAACGUCGACUUCGCCGACCUGCGCGCCGUCAUCUCCGGCGCCGGCCUCGGCUUGGUCGCCGUCGGGCGCGCCUCAGGCCCCGACCGGGCGUCCGAGGCCGCGCGGGCUGCGAUCUCCUCCCCGCUGCUAGACAUCGAGCUGCGGCAGGGCCUAAUGAUUUGA